AUGAAAACACUGAUUCAGACCGUUUUAUCAGGUUAUGUACUGAAUUGCUCAGAGGAGCAAUUCGAUACUAACAAUUGCUCACUGCAAUGCAUUGAUGAAAGUUCCGCUGUUGUAAAACUUGAUCUCAACAAUCUAGAAGCAUAUUCACUAUUUCCUGGGAAAGUGGUUGGAAUGCAAGGAACUUUUAUGGGUUCUCUAUUUGUGCCAGAUAAAAUUUUCGAACCAAAAGAACCACCGUUGGCAUCAUUCGAAAGACAAAGUGGCACUGAUUUUUUAAAUGUUUGGUGCGCAUGUGGCCCGUUCACUUCAUCUACCACUCUCUCAUACGAACAGCUUUACGAUUUCAUCGAACUAGUAAAUAAAGAAAAACCUGAUGUCCUAAUUUUGAUUGGUCCGUUCAUUGAUAGAACAAGCUCUGUAGUGAGAUCAUCUAAGUGCUGUAUUACAUACGACGAACUGAUGGAGACUUUACUUGGAAAAAUAGAUGAUGCCUUAUCUGGCAGUGAUGUUCAAGUACUCAUAAUACCAAAUGGAAAAAAAGAUGCAGCAUUGCGACCAUCAUUUCCAACACCGGCAUUUCGUUUCCUUAGACACCAAAAACAGCUGUCAAAAAAAAGUAUGAUAUUCUUACCAGAUCCUGCUAUUGUUCGAAUUGCUGGAGUCGAGUUCGCUAUAACAGCGUCCGAAAUCAUCCAACAUUUAGGAAAAAAUGAAAUAGGUCGCUUAGACGGCUCUGAAAAUCAUGACAGAAUGUCUCGAUUGGUUCGAGACUUGUUUAGACAGCGUUCCUUGUACCCACUUUAUCCUGCCUCUGACGACAUAACCUACAAACUUCGUGAAUCUGUUGAACGAGCAUCACUUCUCACAAUACCUCAUGUUAUUAUUUUGCCUUCAAUGCUUACACCGACCGUCAAGAUAGUCGCUGGCUCAGUAUAUGUAAACAUUAACGCACUUGUUCGCGGGAAUAACAGUACCUUUAUGAAACUGAAAAUUGACUUUAAUGAGAUCGAUGCUAAGACAGACAACUCGCAUACGUCGAUUGCUGAUUUUUGUGAAGUAAAAAUUGUCCGUCUGUGA